ACAAUACUAAUCCUAAUCGGAAUGGGUUUUUAAUGUAUCCUGAGUCAUGUGUCGCGCAAAAUGUAUUCGGUUUCGAUGCAGCUGAUUUGUUUAAUCCAUUUACUAAAUUUAAGCCUGAUUCGUUUCCCUUUGGAUCGAAUUGGUAUUACUUUUGUGCCUUGCAUUUCGUAACAGCCGUCAUGUUAAAUGUGUUGUCUGAUACCGAUUCUGAGACACAAAAGAAACACAAAAGUUUCAUUGAGUCCCUAGUGUUUGGUAUUUACGUUACCACUCUCGGUGUGUCAGCAAAACUAAUGGCCGUUUCUUACACGAAAGGAAACAAUAUUUAUUACAACAUUCAACACAUGUCUUUAAUGUUCAUCGCCUUAUUUCGUAUGGUUACGACGACUUCCUUUCAUUUGUUGGUUAUGCAACCAAACAUUCAAAAGAUUGAACUUAUGAGGUGGAAAGGAUUGAUAGAUCUGACUUAUACGUCUCUGUGUACCGUGCUCUUCAUAGUAAUAAUUUGUUUUUCGCUUCUGCCAACCGAUUUCUGUCCAAUUUUCGCUGUCACUGUGACUCUCUUCGUUUUGCGUAAGAAAAAUAAUCUGAGGGAAGUUUUCCCUUUACUGAAUACUGACAAUGUUCAAUUGACCUUCGGCUCUAUUAAAUCUCGCGAAGCGUCCUAA